AUGAAAAUAUUACAAGCAUUUGCCAUUGCACUUGAAAUUAAUGAAACUGAUGGAGGAAAGUAUUGGUUUGAGAGAAGACAUAGAUAUGAAGCAGAGUCGGGAGAUAUUUUAAGAAUUCUUCACUAUCCUGCUAUAAACAGUGUUGAUUCUGAAGACAUUCGCGCUGGAAGUCAUUCAGAUUAUGGUUCACUAACCAUACUUUUUCAAAAAGACAUCGCGGGCCUUGAAGUUCUAUCCACAGAUAUGAAUUGGAUACCUGUCCCUGUUCUUCCAGAUUGUAUAUUAAUUAAUAUAGGCGAUCUAUUGGAAUUUUGGAGUCAAGGAUUAUUCAAAUCCACUCAGCAUCGUGUUGUCUUUCACAAAGAAACUUUAAAUCAAGAUAGAUAUAGUAUUGCUUAUUUUUGUCAUGCUGAAGAUGACGUAGGAUUAGACCCUAUUCCUAGCCGAUUCUUAGUUGUAGAUGAUAAAGGUGGCAAUAACAUAACUGCUGUCAUAGACGCUGGAAGUUCUGGCUCAAGAAUUCAAAUAUACUCCUGGAAAGAACAUGACUUCGUAAGAAGGGGUAAGGAUCCAAAGGAUCUUCACAUCUUGCCUACCAUUGAACGUGGAGAUGAGUUUGGUGUAAAAUGGCAGAAGAAAGCUAAUAUUCGAAUCAAUUCCACAGGAAUAUCUUCGUUCGCUUUGAAUCCAACUCAAGUAGGCGAAAAGCAUUUGAAAGAGUUAAUAGAUUUUGCUUUGGAAGUUGUACCUCCAGAUGAGGUCUCCAAUACUCCAAUAUAUUUACUCGCUACUGCUGGAAUGCGUUUGUUGCCUCCUCAACAACAAGCAGCUAUACUUCAGAGUGAAAAAGAGGGUUUAUAUGGUUGGGUUGCUGUAAAUUAUUUAAUGGGAGGAUUUGAAAAAGAUAAAGGAGAACAUAAAGUGAUCAAUUCACUACAAUUAAAUCAAUCCUAUGAUAAUGAUCCUAGCUCAACUAAACAUUUAACCACUUUUGGUUUCUUGGAUAUGGGUGGUGCUAGUACACAAAUUGCUUUUGAACCCAAUGUGGAAGAAUCGAAGAAACAUGCAAAUGACUUGACUUCAGUCUUCCUUUGGACUUUGGAUGGUCAACAGAUGGAAUAUAAAGUAUUUGUGACCACAUUUUUGGGUUAUGGAACGAACGAAGCGCGCCGUCGUUAUAUCGAUGAUCGUAUUAGCAAUUAUACUUCCACCCACGAGAAGAUUGCGAAUCCAGAUAAUUCACGUGAACAGCCUAACGUUUUGAUAAAGGAUCCUUGUUUGCCAAUCGAUCUUCUCCUUACUGAUACGACUUUACCACCUCCACUAUAUACUCUUCAGGGAACAGGAAAUUUUGAACUUUGUUUAAAUUAUACCUAUCCGCUGUUAAAUAAAUCCGUUGCGUGUUCCGACGAACCUUGUUUGUUUAAUGGCGUUCAUACCCCAAAUAUUGAUUUCACCGUUAACCACUUCAUUGGAAUAUCAGAAUAUUGGUAUACUUCUCAUGACAUCUUUGAUCUAGGUGGUAAAUGGGAUUAUAAAAAAUUUGAAACGAAAGCCACUGAGUAUUGUUCGAGUAAUUGGGAAAAGAUCAUAAGUAAUUAUCAUAAGAAUUCGACUUCAUCUGAUUUACCACGCCUGGAGUUGCAAUGUUUCAAAGCCGCAUGGUUAGCGAAUGUACUACAUAAUGGAAUUGGCAUUCCAAAAUCAAUCAACUCUGAAAGUACAGUUGGUGAAUCACCUAUUUUUCAGAGUAUUAAUGAUAUUAAUGAUAUGCAAGUUAGUUGGACUCUGGGUAAAAUUGUUUUAGAAGCUUCAAGCACAAUACCUUUGGUAUUAGACGCACGUCCAAAACCGCCACCAAACCCUCAACAUCACGGAAUACUUGGUUAUUACAAUUUCAUG